UUUGCGCUAUACAGCCUAUCUGCCGUAAGGUAUCAGCACUUUGCGCAUUCUUUGAGUUUGAGCUUCUCGGAAUUUCGCCUCAACGGCGAUUUUUAUUGUACCGUAACAAGGUCCAAAUUCAAAACUUGUAGUAAGCGUUUAAUUCUACUGGUUGUACGACAAUAAACCUUUCGUUCAGUAAUGUGAACGUUGUACCGUGGAUGAUUGUCUGGCCUCUGAACAUUUCCUGGAUCUUCGCCGAACUGGAUGCAAAUGAAUGAAUGAGUAGCUCAGUAGCAGCCCUCACCGACUUUCAUUCAUCCUUUCCGACUUUUGCGGAUUAUUCCCGUAGUUGUGGUUUGCAGUGACUGAAAUUAUACUUUGCGGAGAAAGCAGCAAGUUGGAUAUCAUCUCAACUGUAGACGUCAUGUAGAUGAAAACUGUCUGAAAACAACAUCGAUCUGACAAAUGGACCCUAAUUUAUCUGCGUUCUUCCGGAAUGUGAAGUUUUCAGCAGUAUUGCAGAAAACGCUGGUAACACUGCUUCUUAUUGCUGGAGCGAUACUUUUGGAAAUUCGCCUUAUUUAUGCGCUCUUCGUUUCCGUUAUCGUCAAUCUCAUUUUCCAUACGCUCGGCCUAACAUGGAAGGUUGUAUGGAAAACUCUUCCCCGAGAUAUCGUAGCUGCGAGUCGACUGAUCCGCUUGAAAAUCAUUACGUGGCGUUUUGCACGCCAGAAUGCCACCAUCGCCGAUGUAUUCUUGCGUAAUGUACGGAGUACACCCGAUAAGGCGGCAUUCCGCUACGAAGAGCAAACGUGGACGUUCCGCGACAUGGAGGAGUAUUCUAAUCAGGUGGCGCACUUCUUUGCCAGUCACACCAGCUUAUCAGCUGGCGACUCAGUGGCUUUGUUGAUGACGUCCAGGCCAGAAUAUGUGGGAAUCUGGUUGGGAGUGUCCAAGAUUGAUUGCGCCGCUGCAUUGGUCAAUUUUCAGUUGCGAGGAGAAUCCUUGCUGCAUAGUCUGCAGGCGGUGCAGAUGAAAGCGCUUAUUGUGGGCGAAGAACUGCGGGAUGCCGUUGAGGAAGUGCGUGCAUCUAUAAUGGGCGUGCCGAUCUACGUGGUCGGUGAGCGGGGUUCCAUUCCUUCCGGAACACCUUAUCCACCGCACGUGCUGUCCAUCGACCGUCUUUUACUGCAGAUGUCCAAAUCCCGUCCGGAAUUUAACGGACGCGUAAAACGCUCUACCAAUACCUUAUUCUAUAUUUACACGAGCGGCACCACCGGUCUUCCAAAAGCAGCGAUUAUUAGCCAUGCACGAUUUUUCUAUAUGUCAUGUGGAAUGAAAACGAUGAUCAAUAUUAAGGAUGAUGAUGUGAUGUAUUGCGCAUUGCCUUUGUACCAUACAGCUGGCGGGGUUUUGGGGAUGGGGCAAUCAAUUGUCGGAGGAAUUACGGUUGUGAUACGCAAGAAAUUUUCCGCUUCCCAGUUUUGGAAAGAUUGCAUACAGUACAACUGCACGAUUGCUCAAUACAUCGGUGAAAUUUGUCGCUACAUUCUCUCGCAAAAGGAAUCUCCCACUGAUCGAAUGCAUCGUGUACGGUUAAUGUUCGGAAAUGGCUUACGUAACCAGAUCUGGGCGGACUUUCAGAAACGUUUCGGUGUGAAGCAAAUGGCUGAAUUCUAUGGGGCUACGGAAGGUAACGCUAGCCUGAUUAAUAUUGACAACACAAUCGGUGCGGUGGGAUUUGUUUCUCGAAUCGUGCCAUGGAUCUAUCCCGUUAAAUUGAUUCGGGCGCAUCCUGAGACCGGCGAGCCGUUGCGGGAUAGCAAAGGGAUGUGCAUUCCUUGUAAACCAGGGGAAGCUGGAGAAUUGGUGGGGAAGAUUAAGACUUCCGGUAUCCACAAAUUUGACGGUUACUGUAACCAAGAGGCCACAAUGAAGAAAAUUGCUCACGAUGUCUUUCGCAAAGGCGAUUUGGCCUUUUUAACGGGUGAUAUUUUGGUCAUGGACGAUUACGGAUACUUAUACUUUAGAGACCGGACAGGUGAUACAUUCCGUUGGAAGGGCGAGAACGUAUCAACCAAUGAAGUGGAAGCAGCUAUUGGAAAGAUUGUGGGAUUGGAAGCUGUGGUAGUUUUUGGGGUUUCGGUCCCAGGCUACGAAGGAAAGGCGGGUAUGGUAUGCAUAACUGGGGAUGAGCGGAAGCAUGAUUUACGCAAGCUGAGCGAUGAAAUGAAACAUUCCCUACCCUCUUAUGCUCGGCCGUUGUUUGUUAGAUUCGUUUCUCAAGUUGAAGAAACAGGUACCUUUAAACUGAUUAAAAGUCGCCUGAAGGAAGAAGGAUUUGAUCCACAGUGUUUGGGCCGUGAUGUCCUGUAUUACCUUGAUCCCAGUGUGGAUGAAUAUAAAUUAAUGUUACCUGACAACUAUCGACAGAUUGUCAACGGCAAAGUGCGUUAUUAAACGCACGCAAGAUGACAUGAAAUUUUCCACCUGUGGACUUCACUUUGAUCUCUUUCAUCAUUUCCGCUUUAUGAUCCACUGGGCAACCGCUGUGAGGACGUCGAACGCCACUUAUGUUUUUGCUUUUGUAAUAUUUUCGCUAACAUCGAACGGUGCCAAGAAAUUUUAUUUUAUUAUUGUAUCUGUCUACCCUGUAUUAUUGAUUACAAUGGCAACUAACUUAAGCGACAAAUUUUUUAAGUGAAGGGCAGCGAUUUUUGGGCUUCUAGCAAAUGCUUAGUUCAUUUAUGUUGUUUUUUAUUUGGUUUUACUAAUUUUACAGGGUGAACUGUUUUAUUCUGUAUCAUAAACGUUACUGUUUCACUCUGUUACUGCUUAAUUAACUUGUUUUAAUGUUGUCCCCUCGGACCAGGUUUCUUGUGCAUUUUAAUGGUUGGAAUUGAAUUUUCUUUUUGUGUGUCGAAGAACCACUCUGGUCAGUGCAAGUAAUAUUUUUGUAUCUUUUGAGCACUCGUUCUUAUAAUAUCGAUAGAACCAAAAUGCCGCAAUCGGAUCAG